AUGCGGCCCGAGGUGGCCGCCGAGCUCAUCGAGAAGAAAAUGAAGAGGCCUUUCGGGAACCGCGAGAUGCCCGACGCGUGGAAGAAGGACUGGAAGGGCCUCGCGGACGGCGAGGGCGGUGGCCGGGGCGGGUUCAGUCUCGGGCCCGUGGGAGAUUUGUUCAGGAGCCUCUUCUACAUGACCGCCACGGCCGGGAUCAUGCUCGGUGUGGCCUGUGCAAUCAACGAGGAAGCCAGGCUCGGGGUGAAGGACCUGUGGAAGGACGUCAAGAGGAUGCUCAAGGGUAAAAAGCGCCGGAAGAGGCGGCGCCGGAGCAAGGUGUCAUCCUCACACGGACGCGGAACCGUGGUGGAGCGAUAG